AGAUAUCGACGUACCACCAAAGCGCAAAGAAGUCUGAMAAUAGAAUAGCAAUCCAGCCCGGGGCUCGAUGGGGCCAAGAUUUUAUGAACUCUUUAAUGCUGGGCCAAUCGCGUUCCAUCAUUUUCGAUUCAACAAUUGMGGUUGCGCAGAUAAAACAGCACCAUGAACUAAAAUAAAUGUUAUACUGUCCCUUGCCAUCGCCCGCGAUACCCUUGGCCCUAGUUUGAAUAAUUACUGCCAUAAACCACCACAGYAGCAAKGAAUAAUCGAGAAUCAUUUCAAAUUUUGAUUUKGGUGCGAAAAGCUUAUUUUUCCAAAUAUUUGCAAGGCAUGAAUACGUAUCCAAGUGACACGCCACGCAAAACCCAGACGUUAUACAUGAUACUACCGCAACGACGAAACCAAACUGCCGUUGGACGCUGCUCGAAGCUAUAACAUGUACGUCAUCUAUGGAUUGAGAAACAAACACACCGUGGUAAUUUAUGACCGAGGAUAAAAACAUGAUCAAGUACCCCGUGAAACGGGGCGACUUGUACAGCUUCUUUUCCUUCUGUCGCGUCGAAUCGUUUCCCCCGCUUGUUUCGCCAUCAGCAAUCUCGUCGUUUUCGUCGUUUUUGGUGUCGUUGGUUGCUGACGAAGGAUCUGGUCCUUUCGGGUUAGCAGCUGCCAGCAUCUUUUUUAGAACAUACAAUUCGACGAUUGUUUAUUAAAGUGAUAUCUUCUGAUUUACUGUAGUGGAAAUGUCAGAAUCAYUCUCCAGAAGGUGAUGACACCGACAGUAAAUGAAAACAGAAUUC